AUGAAGCUACAGCUUUCUUCUGUUCUUUUGGCUGUUGUUGGCCUCUUCGCAUCGUACAGCGCCGCGUCGAUUACUGCUGAGGAGUUCCAAGAGAAGACAGAUCUCGGAUUCCAUCUGCUCAGCCUCGAAGAAGACGCCCCGCCCGUUUGGAGAACAGAAGCCGAGACUGAGGAACUCAUCGCCCAGGGUGCCAACUUUUUCGACCUCACAUACACAUAUACCCCUGGCGAAGAGGACAACGCUCGCGUCUCCUCCGAUGCUGCCGAGUUCACAGCUGCUGCCACCUACGCUGCCCCAUCUCAUCAAGCUGAGCUGAGGCCUAUCAUUGCUCAGGUGUCGCUUGCAAACACACAAAGCCUGCUGAACAACUUGACGUCGUUCAAUAACCGAUACUACAAAGCCGCGUCAGGCCAACAAGCCUCCGUCUGGAUUCGCGACACCAUCGCAAACAUCAUCAAGACAUACCCUGCAAGCGGCGCCUCCGUGUCUCUGUACACCCACUCAUGGACACAGAACUCCAUCGUUGCUAAGAUCCCUGGAAAGACUUCUGGUCCAGUGACCAUCCUCGGGUCGCACAUGGAUUCCAUCGGUGGAGGAUCUGUGAGCACCAGCCGUGCGCCCGGCGCUGACGACGAUGGCAGUGGCUCCGUCAACCUCAUCGAGUCCUUCCGCGUGCUGCUUCAGGCCGGGUUCAAGCCUACGACCCCCGUCGAGUUCCACUGGUAUGCUGGUGAGGAAGCCGGUCUUCUUGGAUCGCAGGCGAUCGCAAAGGCGUACAAGUCUGCCAAAGUCGAAGUGAAGGGUAUGCUCCAACUCGAUAUGACUGCAUACGUCAAGCCUGGCACAAGCCCUGUUGUUGCUCUUAUGCCCGAUUACACCGAUUCCGGUUUGACCGCGUUCGUUGGCUCUCUCGUUGACGAGUACACAUCGCUUCCAUGGGUUAUCAACGCCAAGUGUGGAUAUGGAUGCUCCGACCACGCCAGCUGGUAUGCCCAGGGAUACCCCACUGCUCUUCCCUUCGAGGGCCUCUUCUCCAACAUCAACCCCAAGAUCCACACCAGCGGCGACACCACCUCCGUGGCUGGAUUCUCGUGGACGCAUACCCUGGAAUACACCAAAAUCGCUGCUGCAUUUGCUUACGAACUUGCUAUCUAG